CGGGCCGGGCGCCGCGCUGACGCCACAGGCGCGCGGGGCCGGGACGCGCCCUCGCGGAGCCGCCGGGAGCGGCGCCCGGAGCGGGGAGAGCUGGAAGCGGCGGCAGUAUACAUGAAGCUCAAGAUCUGAACCUGCUAUGACUGACCCAGACGUCCUCACUGAGGUCCCAGCAGCUCUCAAACGCCUUGCCAAAUACGUGGUGCGUGGCUUUUAUGGCAUUGAACAUGCUUUGGCUCUGGACAUUCUCAUCAGGAACCCCUGUGUGAAGGAAGAAGACAUGUUAGAGCUCCUUAAGUUUGAUAGGAAGCAGUUGAGGGCAGUCCUCAACACCCUCAAGGGUGACAAGUUCAUCAAAUGCAGGAUGAGGGUAGAGACAGCUCCAGAUGGGAAAACCACUCGUCAUAACUACUACUUCAUCAACUACCGCCUUCUGGUUAAUGUGGUGAAGUACAAGCUGGACCACAUGAGGAGAAGGAUUGAGACAGAUGAAAGAGACUCCACCAAUCGCGCCUCUUUUAAAUGCCCCAUUUGCUUCAGCACUUUUACAGACUUGGAGGCCAACCAGCUGUUUGACCCCAUGACAGGAACUUUCCGCUGUACUUUCUGUGAGACUGAAGUGGAAGAAGAUGAGUCGGCGAUGCCCAAAAAGGAUGCACGGACACUGGUGGCAAGAUUUAAUGAGCAGAUUGAGCCCAUCUAUGCGCUGCUUCGUGAGACGGAAGAUGUGAACUUAGCCUAUGAAAUCCUCGAGCCAGAACCCACAGAGAUUCCUGCCCUGAAGCAGAGCAAGGAGCGUGCAGCUGGUACCGGUUCAGGGACAGCAGCUGGCAUUGCAGGUGGACACCACCGGGAAGCAUGGACUACAAAAGGACCAUCAUAUGAGGACUUGUAUACGCAGAACGUUGUCAUCAGCAUGGAGGACCAGGAGGAUCUUAACCGAUCUGCAACUGAAGGAAAGCCAGCCAGAGAGAGACCGAUUUGGCUACGGGAGAGCACAGUGCAGGGGGCUUAUGAUCCCGAUGAAAUCAAAGAUGGGGGCCGGGAUCUCGAUACCUUCCAGGAGCGUGAGGAGGGCCGGGUAGCUCUGGAUGAUAAUGAAGAGGUGAUGCGUGCCCUGCUCAUCCACGAGAAGAAGACACCUUCUGCUUCAACAGUCACUGUUGGAGGUGCCGCUCCUCUCUCUGGUGCCAACGCUAGUGACUCCGAGAGCGAGACAAGCGAGUCGGAGGAGGAAUCCCCUCCCCGCCCUCCUACCACGGCCACCACCGCAUAUGGGCUGGAGGAUGAGGAGGAGGAUGAAGAGUUUGAGGUGGUGGCAGAAGACCCCACUGUCACAGUGGCUGGGUGUCCACACUCGUACAGCCAAGUGAGCCAGCGCCCUGAGCUGGUGGCCCAGAUGACGCCAGAAGAAAAAGAGGUUUACAUAGCCAUGGGGCGACGCAUGUUUGAGGAUAUGUUUGAUUAACUGCUUCCUGCCAUGGCUUUUUUUAUAAAGUUAUUUUUUUUUUAGUCCAGAGACUCCCUAGUAAAACAGAAGAUGGAGUGCAUCUUUCCUCCCCUGUGCGCAGGGACACUGGGGCUCAGGACUGCUGAUCUCAGGCAUCUUGGCCACCGGAGAGGGGGAGCAGGGAGGCUGCAUGUGCCAAAAAAGGUAGGGGAGGACAAGCCUCAGAAAUGAGGAUGCUUGCAAGGUGAAAAUCUGCUUCAAGGUUUACUACACAGGCACUGCUUUACCCUUCUCCAAAGCCCCAGCAGCUGCCUCCCCCUGAUUGCACAGAGUUGAUUUUUGUUGCUUAUCCUAGUGAAAUCCACAUCUCUGGCCUCAGAGGACAUAAGUGCUCCAUGGUUUAAUGGGAGUGCUCUGCAAAGGAGAGUGUAAGUAAUGUUACAGCUGCCUGUGCUCAGUGAGAGGAGGGGGAAGCACUCGUCUACUGACAGCAAGCCUGGGCAGGGCUUGUAGCUGACCUCCUGCCAGCAGCCACUGGCCACCAGAGUGGGCAGCACCUUUUUCCUGCUCCUGUUUGCUCUGUCUCAGCACCUCAAGGUCAAGUGUAACUCAACUCGAAACACACAGAGUGGAAGCCUUGGCAAGCACACGCAGUCAGUCUUUGUCAGUGUAACAAAAGUCCUCCAUGGAUCUGAGCACUCUGACUUACUAGGAGAUAGCUUCAUUUUCCAGUAUUUCUGCCUGUCACUCCUGUCUAGCCCUGUCCAAACUCCAGUGUUGCUGACGGUUCCUAGUGGGCAGGGCUGCAGUCAGGCCAUGCCAGAGAAAUAGCAUAGCUAGUUUUGAUUGGCAGUCACACCAGGGCUGUAUCAUUUUAAGAGGAAUUAUGCAAUUUUUGAAUUCUGCUUUGGCACACUCUUUUACCAUAGAUAAACGUUUAUCAGUGCCUACAGAGCAAUAUAAUAUUUUUAAUGCUUUUCUCUUUCAAUUGAAACUGUUGUUUUAUAAAAUUGUUGUGUUUUCCUAUCAAGUACUACAUACAAUAAAAUAAAAUGCUAAAAGAAUUUUGUGUUCGAAAGGGUAGGGGCAGUAUUAUGUGGUGUUCUAUUUCCAUAGGCAGCAUGAAUUUGCUGUUCACUGAGCCUAUAAAUCUGUUUUAUACUAAUUAUGCUUUCUAUGUUCUGCUAACAUUGUAAUGCCUUCUUUGUGGUUUUAUUUUCAACUUGGUAUUUUGAACCCCAUCUUUUUUUUUUUCUAUGUAGUGUUUUAAGUUUGCUUUUAAGUCAUUUUAAAGAGGAAUAAAUAAACAAACUUCUCCCCA